CGCGCGUAGGAUAAUAGCGCGGUUUAUUUAUACAAAAACCUGUUCCCGAGAGCGGUCAGCCAGUAGCUUCUUAUUCUUCGCCGCUUUCGUCGUCGUCGCCGCCGCCGCGGAGGAAUCCUUCAGUGUCGCUCUUACUGUGUGAAAGCUAUCAUGUACGCUGCAGAUUCUAAGCGGUUUCUUGCCGCGAUUCUCUUUUUUUUCACUGCUAUAGUGCAAGAAAGUUUCGCGCAAUACACGCCCCCGACGCCAAGCGUCGAGCCGCUUUACCCGAAGGGACUGCGGAUGUCCAUUCCACACGAGGACGGAAUCAGCUUGGUCGCGUUUCACGUGAAAUUCAACGAAGACUUCUACGGCCUCGAGGCAGGUUCCAUUGCCAGGGAUAUUAUAAAAACGCGACACGGUCAAUGGACCUAUGAGGACCGAACGACGAGACUGAAACGCGGCGAUGUAAUUUACUAUUGGAUUCACGUAGUCUACGACGGUCUCGGUUACAAUUUGGUCGAUCAGAGUAUGGUAGUCGAGGACUUCUACAACUACGAUGGAACACCGGUGAACCAGGACGUUAUCUCUGAGAUUACCUGCGCGAACAAGCCGGAGACGAAAAUAUUCGAUAAUAAUCGUCGGGAGAAGCCGAAUAAAUACUGCCCCGGUCAAUUAAUUUUCGAAGACAAUUUCGAUUCCCUGAGCGACAAGUGGAAAAUUAUUGAAAGCUUCUCGGGCGUUCCGAGUUACGAGUUCGUGGUAUACAUGAAUAACGCGGACAACGUGCACGUCAGCGAUGGUUCCUUGCACAUCAAGCCGGGUUUAACCAACGACAAGUACGGUGAAAAUUUCGUCCGCGACGGGAACCUGACGUUAACGCAAUGCACGGACGCGACUGAUCAAUGCAACCGAAGGGCAGUCGCGUGGAACAUUUUACCACCCGUGAUAUCGGGACGUCUGACCACGCAAGACACGUUCGUUUUCCAGUACGGCCGAAUUGAAGUCCGUGCUAAAUUACCUCGCGGCGAUUGGAUAUAUCCCUCGAUCAGUUUGGUCAACGCGAACAACGAUAAGCAAGGCUCGGUGCAUUGCGACUUGAUCGUAGCACAUUCGGCCGGAAAUCCGUCUCUCAGUACGAAGGAUGGAAACGAUAUAAGCGGUCGCGUUCUUAUGGGUGGUGGCCACGCGAUAAACGUGAAACAGCGUCAAGAUAAUCUGUACAAUCUUCCUAGGAAAUCUGCAGAUUCGUUGUGGUCCGAUGGUUACCACUUGUACGAAUUGGAAUGGAAACGUGGCCGAUUGACGCUUAAGGUGGACGGAGAACAGUACGGCGAACAAACGCUCCCGUCGUUAUUCGAGACUCCGGCGUACGUAAACAUCGGUUUGGCUGUGGGAGGUCUGACCGUCUUCCCAGACGAGUGCGUCAGCAGUAACUACAGGAAACCGUGGGAGAACAGCGAGCCGAAGGCGAUGAACAAGUUCUACCAAGCACAGAACAAGUGGCAGAACUCCUGGAACAACAGAGACACAGGCCUCCACGUAGACUACGUCAAAGUUUGGUCUGUCUAAGGAUUACUCAGACCCCCAAACUUACACGCAUCACAUUUUAACCAAUCCAUUUGCUUCUUCCUUUAUACGUAUAAGUCUAUAAAAGACGUCAAAUAGGG